UGGGGAGGACGGGAGGCCCAGAUGCACCAGCCGCUACUGCCCCUCAGGCUCUGUCCUCCCUCCUCUUACUCUCCCUCUUGCAGAAAUGCCGGGACGCAGGGCCACGCAGGGGCCGAGCAUAUGUGAUACCUGUGUUUCCCAGUGGCUUCUACACUUUAUCAUGCUUUCCCCCACACCUUAUACUGAUCUCCUGUCUUCCAGAUGUUUAUUUUCAUCAGUCUGUCGUUUCUUGCCUGGAAUAGGGUACUCGGAAGUUGGAGACAGAUUUUAGACCAUAGCCCUAGAGAGUCCCUGAACUACAGUAUUUCUUCUACUGGCUUCUGGUCUUAAGGAUCAGUAUGACAUCAAUAAAAAGAAAGGAGAUAGACGACUGUUGAAUUCCUGCAUGGCCAAGUACGGAGCAAACAGCUGCCCAGUCGAAUCCUCAUUACUUGGUGUUCUUAGAAUUCCCUUUCACGACAUCCUAAUCUCACAGACAGCCAACUGGCUUGGUUGCAUUUGUGAGCACCAUCCACUCCUACCUAGCUAGUUAGCUUUAACUCCAAAGCAGGAACUCUGAACCCAGACACUUCCGGUCUGGAUUCUGGCUUGCCUGCCAAAGCCUAACCCCAGAUCAACUGCUUCCUCUUUCUCCAGCCGAGAAUUCUUUUCACAUCUUCUCUUUUGCUAGUAUAGAAUGCUCUUCCCUGCUUCUCCUCUGGAUAUUUCAGAAACGAAAGAAAGCUUUUUUUUUUUUAAAGUGCUGUGAGGAGGCGAACUUUUGGAGUACAGAAUCUUGGAUUUUGGUCCUGGCUCUGUCACUUUCAGUGUGGCCUUGAGCAAAUUCAUUGUCUUCUAGCUUUUGCUUGUCUUUGCAUAACAUGGGUGAGUGCCUUCGGAGCAGCAGGCUCUUGUCUAGUUCUCCCUUGCUGUCCUCCAACAGGCACGCCACGGAGGCCCAGACCCCUCUGCUCCCCAUGGGCUGCUGCCACGCAGGGCACACCCUGCAUCUCUGUCUGGCUCAUCACCCACCUUUGGUCUGUGCCACUUUGAUCCUGCUGCUCCUUGGCCUGUCUGGCCUGGGCCUUGGUGGCUUCCUCCUCACCCAUACAACUGGCUUCCGUAGCCCUGACAUUCCCCAGGAUUGGGUUUCCUUCUUGAGAUCUUUUGGCCAGCUAAGUCUGUGCCCCAUGAAUGAAACAGUCACAGGGACGUGGCGAGGGCCUCACGUCGUCGGCUUACUAACCACUUUGAGCUUCGGAGACGAUCCAGACAGAAACAAAACCCAAACAUUCCAAGCCAAGAUCCAUGGUAGUCAGAUAGGAUUGAAAGGGUCCUCUGCCAGAGAGUCUGUCCUUGUCACAGCCAGAGUGGCCUCAGGAAGGACUCCAGGGACCUGCCUGUAUUUUAGUGCUGUUCCAAAAAUCCUGCCUUCUAGCCAGCCACCUAUAUCCUGCUCAGAAGAGGGAGUUGGAAAUGCUACCCUGAGCCCAGUGAUGGGUGAGGAGUGUGUCAGGGUCUGGAGCCACGAGCGCCUUGUGCUCACCAAGCUGCUUACUUCAGAGGAGCUAGCUCUGUGUGGCAGCAGACUGCUGGUCUUGGGCUCUUUCCUGGUUCUGCUCUUUGGUUUUCUCUGCUGUGCCACUGCAGUGUGCUUCCAUCCGCGCCCAGAAUCCCACUGGUCUAGAACACGGCUCUGAGGGUGGCGACAGACUGUCAGGUACAGAUCAAAUUCUUGGGGCCUCCUCCUGAGCUUAAAAGACCUAUUACACAAAGUGAAGAACAGGACUAGGAGGAAAUAAAUGGCUUUUGACUACUA